CUCUCUGGGGAGAGAGAGGAGGGGACCACUGCCUCUAAAAUGAGUCUCUCUGGGGAGAGAGAGGAGGGGACCACUGGCUCUAAAAUGACUCAAGACACCAGUUCUAAGAGUGUCCAGAAGCCCAGAGCAGAGUCACCUGCCCCCAGCCUGCUAUCAAUGAAGAGUGAUCAGCCACCUGCUUUCAGCCAGGAACCAUUACCAGAUGACAAUAAGGAAGUGGAGAGUUUGGACAGUGAGGAUGCAUUAAAGAUCACACACAACCUUCUGGACAGAAGAAGUCAAACUCUUCUGACAGUCCAACAAGACAUUAAGGCUAAACUGAAACACAAGUAUCAACACAUAUCUGAAGGAAUUGGACACCAUGGAAACCAAAGUCUGUUAAAGGACAUCUACACAGAGCUCUACAUCACAGAGGGUGGAAGUGGAGGGGUCAAUAAUGAACAUGAGGUGAGACAGAUAGAGAUGGCAUCCAAGAAACAAACCACACAAGAGACACCAAUCAAAUGCAACGACAUCUUCAAGCCUUUAGCUGGACAAGACAAACCUAUCAGAACUGUGCUGACAAAAGGAAUCGCUGGCAUUGGAAAAACAGUCUCUGUGCAGAAGGUCAUCCUUGACUGGGCAGAGGGAAAAGCAAAUCAGGACGUUCAUUUCAUGUUUCCUCUUCCUUUCCGUGAUCUGAACCUGAAAAAGGACCAAUACAGUCUGAUGCAACUUCUUUCCCACUACUUCUCAGAGCUGAAAGAGAUUGACAACAUUGAAGAUGGGGAAACCAAAACUGUUUUCAUUUUUGAUGGUCUGGAUGAGUGUCGACUUCCUCUAGACUUCAAAAACAAUGAGAGGUGCUGUGAUGUCACGAAGCCAACCUCAGUGGACGUGCUGCUGACAAACCUCAUCAAGGGGAAUCUGCUUCCCUCUGCUCUCCUCUGGAUAACCUCACGGCCUGCAGCAGCCAAUCAGAUCCCUCCUGAGUGUGUUGACCAGGUGACAGAGGUACGAGGGUUCAAUGAUCCACAGAAGGAGGAGUACUUCAGGAAGAAAAUCACAGAUCAGAAUCUGGCCAAUGAAAUCAUCACCCACAUAAAAACAUCAAGGAGCCUCCACAUCAUGUGCCACAUGCCAGUCUUCUGUUGGAUAUCAGCCACUGUCCUUGAGAUGAUGCUGAAAGAGGCAGAGAAGGAUGAAGUCCCCAAAACUCUGACCCAGAUGUUCACACACUUCACGCUCAUCCAAAUCAUUGUGAAGAACAAGAAGUACAACAAAGCCACAGAGACAAACCCAAAGGAACUGUCUCAGUCAGACAAAGAGAUGAUCCUGAAACUGGCAGAGCUGGCUUUCCAACAGCUGCAGAAGGGCAACCUGAUCUUCUAUGAGGAGGACCUGAGAGAGUGUGGCCUUGAUGUCACAGAGGCAUCAGAGUACUCAGCAUUGUGUACAGAGAUCUUUAAAGAAGAAUCUGGGCUGAACCAAGAGAAGGUCUACAGCUUUGUGCAUCUGAGCAUUCAGGAGUUUCUAGCAGCAGUGCAUGCUUUAGAAUCAUGUCUGGACAAGAAGGAAAAUGUUUUCCCCCCCAAAGCAGUCACUAGUGAUAGUGAUGAUGAUUCCUCUGACGAUGACUAUGAUGAAGCAGCCACUCAAACCCUACUCCAAAAUGUCAUCACACAACAGUACAGAGACAUGAAGUCAGACCCGUUGUAUGACUUACACAGGAGAGCAGUGGACCAGGCCUUGAAGAGUGAGAAUGGACACCUGGACCUGUUCCUCCGCUUCCUUCUGGGUCUCUCACUGGAGUCCAAUCAGAAUCUGUUACGAGGCCUUCUGACACAGACAGGAAGUACAACACAGAGCAAUGAGGAAACAGUUAAGAGAACAGUCAGGUACAUUUCAUACAUGAUCGAAUGGGAAUCCUCACCAGAAAGGAUCAUCAACUUGUUCCACUGUCUGAAUGAACUUGGUGCCAACUCUCUAGUUGAAGAAAUGCAAACCUCCCUGCGAUCAGGAACUCUUUCAGAAACAGAGCUAGAACCUCAACAAUGUUCAGCCCUGGCCUACCUGUUACUGAUGUCAGAGGAGGUGCUGGAGGAGUUUGACCUGAAGACAUACAACACAUCAGAGGAAGGUUAUCAGAGGUUGCUGCCGGUAGUGAAAACCUGCAAGAGAGCACUACUGGAUCGCUGUAAACUCACAUAUGAAUCCUGUGAGACUCUGGCUUCAGCUCUGCAGACACCAAACUCCCCCCUGAGAGAACUGGACCUCAGCUACAAUGACCUGGGAGACAGAGGAGUGGAGCUGCUCUGUGUUGGACUAACCAGUCCACUCUGCAACAUACAGACACUAGUUCUAGGUCAGUGUGGUCUGACAGAGGGUUGCUGUUCAGAUCUGGCCUCAGUCCUGAGUUCACCCAACUCACAACUGAAACAACUGGAGCUGAGAGACAAUGACCUGCAGGACUCAGGAGUUACACUGCUGUCUGCUGGACUGGAGGAUCCAGACUGUAAACUACACACACUGGGGCUGUCUGGCUGUCUGGUCACAGAGGAGGGCUGUGCUGCUCUGUCUUCAGCUCUGAGGUCAAACCCCUCCCACCUGAAAGAGCUGGACCUGAGCUACAAUCACCCAGGAGACUCUGCAGGGGGACUGCUUUCAGCUGCUCUGGUGGAUCCCACAGAUAAACUGAUGAAGCUGAAUGUGGAUCAUGGUGGAGAGUUCAGGCUGAAAUCAGGGCUGAGGAAAUAUGCCUGUCAUCUCACCCUGGACCCAAAUACAGCAAACCCACACCUGAUACUGUCUGAGGGGAACAGGAAGGUGACACGGGUGGAGGAGAAGCAGCAUUAUGAAGACCAUCCAGACAGAUUUGACCGUCAUCCCCAAGUUCUCUGCAGAGAAGUUUUAUCUGGAUCUCGUUAUUACUGGGAGGUGGAGAGGGAUGGUGACAUUUCUCACAUUGGUGUGGCGUACAAAGGAAUGCAGAGGAAGGGAGUAGACAGUUGUAUUGGAACCAAUAGAAAGUCCUGGAGUUUAGUCUGCUCUGACAGUGGAUAUGACUUUUACCAUGCUGAAGUCAUCAGAUUCUUCCAUGAUCCUGUUUCUAACAGAGUUGGAGUGUAUCUGGACUGGCCAGCUGGUACUUUGUCCUUCUAUAGCGUGUCCUCCUCUGGUACACUGACACACCUUUACACAAAACACACCACAUUCACUGAACCCCUCUAUCCUGGGUUUGGGGUUUAUUCCUCAGUGACCCUGUGUCAGAUAGAUGACCAACACAUUCAAAGAGACCAUGGUGGAGAGUGUUGUAUCAAGCCUGGACCUGAGAACACCAGAGACCAGAUAUGGAUUCCUCAGAGCUGUAAGACUUGUGACCAUGUUGAGGACUCCACACACUGGCUUCAGAUUGAACCCUUGACUUCCACUGUCCAGGGAGUGACAAUGUUCAGGCACAGGACACCCAAAGGGCGUUAUGAGUGCACAGUGUCUGGGCUCCGCUGGGUGUGUGACAGAGAUGUCAUUCUGAAGUAUCACUUCAGGAACUGGGAUCCCUACACUCAACUUCUGAAAGACAUGCAGUACGGACAAGGUGGUCCAUUGCUGGACAUCACUAUGGAGUUAGGUGAACUGGAGGAAGUUCAUCUGCCACACUUUGUCUGUUUAGGGACCAACCCUUCCCUGAGGAAUGAGAUGAAGAUUUUUCAUGUAGAGGAACAUGGAGUGUCUGUUGAGGAAGUGCAUGAGGUCACCAGAUUCCAUGCUAAGAUUCUCCAUCCCAAGUUCUCAGUUAUCUCUGUUAUACUGAGCUUUAUCUUUUGGCGGAACAUAGAUGUCCACUGUGAGCUGAUGCUCUAUCUGUCAGUGAAAAAGCAAACACUAAUUCCACGCCUAUACCUGUUCCCCAGUAACCCCAGCCAAAUACAGGCUGUGGAACAACAGGAAAAGUCUCAAGGGUCUUCAAGGGUUCUCAUCUCAAGACCAGAGCAGGCCUUCAAACUGAAUAGUUUCUUCAGACUGAACAUUCCCUGUUCUACCGCCAUCAAUCCACAGAAGAUUCAUCUCAUACAUAGAGACUCCACACCAAGCUUUUUCAGGGCGGUUGUGAAAAUGACAGGGGUUGACAUUGAGAUGGAGUUAUUCGGUGAUGAUGAGAGGAUUGCAUGGAAAGAAGUGGUAUCACAAGAUGAAUACAUCACUGCCACCCAUUCAACAACAUUAACAGUCCCUGACAUUCCUGCUGAGGAGUUUCUGAAGAAACACUGGGCUAAACUAAUUCAGCGAACCAAAAACUCAAUGCCAAUAGCAGAUGAUCUGUGGUCAAAGAACAUGAUUGGUGAAGAAGAGCACUCCAGAAUAACAGCUGAAACAACUGAACAGGACCGAAUGAGAAAACUACUGAAAGCAGUCAUCCCCAAAGGACCAGAAGUGACGGGAGCUUGUCUCAAAGCUCUCGUUGAACAUGAAAACCAUCUUGUUAAGGACUUGAGUGAAUCUAGAACCUAAUCUGAAGACGCUGAGGCCUGUCUCCUAGUCUGU